AUGGCGGCCGCCGUGCGGGGGGGGUUGCUGGCCGCGGCCUUGGGCGCGGUGCUGCUCGCCGCGGCGGCGCGGCUCCUGGCGCCCUUCGAGCCCAUGGCCAUCGAGCUGCCGCCGAUGGGGCACCUGGCCCCGAACAUCGGGGGCGACGACCGCCCAGGCUCGGAGAGCUGCUGCGCCCGGAGAGCAUGGCCCCGUCGCCGCGGGGCGACGCCCUGUACCUCACCAUGGGCGACGGGACGCAUCGUGCGCCUGUGGCACGGGAGGGGCGGCGACCCCGACGCCGCGGCAUGGGAGACCGUGGCGCGCACCGGCGAGGCCCUGGAGGGCUGCGGCGUGGGCGGGCCGGCGGGCGAGAAGCGCGCGCCGGAGCUCCGGUGCGGCCGGCCGCUGGGGGUGCGGGCGGUGCGGCGGGGCACGGUGGAUCCGCUCGCGGCGCAGGGCGACGAGGACCGACGUGCUCGUUGUGUGCGACGCCUACAAAGGCCUGCUGAUGGUUUCGCGGCUCGACGAGCGCCCGGCAAAAGUCGAGGUUCUGGCGAGACGGGCACCUGGCGACUCGGAGGAUUUCCACCUCCUGAACGACCUGGUCCAGGCCCCAGACGGCAGCAUCUAUCCAGCGUGCCCAGCACCGGCUUCCAGCGUCGCGAGAUCGUGUACGCCCUUCUCAGCGGGCGGCCCGAUGGCAGAUUGCUCCGCUACUCGAACGGCACGGUUGAAGUGGUGAUGACUGGCAUUUUCAUGGCAAACGGCAUCACGCUGACGCACGACGGGAAAGGGCUUCUUGUCGCAAUGGGCAUCAUGCGGAUUGCGAGGUUCGACUUCGCCACUCGCGAGCUAACAGCUUUUGCAGAUCUGCCGGGGAGCGUGGACAACAUCCGCACGAUGGACACGUUACCGAACGGGACCGCGCGCCGAUGCUACUGGCUGGGCCUCGGGUCCAGGGCUGCGAAGCCCUUCUCGUUCCUGCACUUUGCGGCUCCUCUGCCGCAGCUGCGCGCCGCUAUAGCGGCGCUGGUCCCCUACGAGAUGAUCGUGAGGCUGAUACCGAAGAAGGGCAUCUUGGCGGCUCUUGGCGAGGACGGCGCGCUGCUGGCAACCUACGAGGACCCUGGCGGGAGGACGCCGUGGCUCUCCGAGGCCCACACUCUCGGCGGCUACGUCUACCUGGGCAGCUGGUUCAACCCCUUCCUGGCGCGCGUCUCCGCGUCCGACCUCCGGUGAGCGGGCGGCCCUGCGCGGCGGCGUGGCGGACUGCCCCGGAGGAGGAGCCGGUCGAGAGGCCACCUAGGAGGGG